GUCACACUUAGCUCAAGUGGUGUUGGUAGGGCGAAAAUUGAACAAUUGUAGUCGAAUUAAUUGAAUUGAAAUCAAUUGCUACGCUUGUUUAAGGAGCAGCUCGGUAAUGCAGGUGUAAACGGCUGGCCGGUCGCUAUUGCCCAGCAGCAGAAUGCAUUUCUCCAUACCGGACACCCAGGAGCUGGGCUCCUCGCCCACCUACACGGGGUACAAAAUACACAUCAAUGGCGGCUACCACUGCGUCCUGCGCUACAAACAGCUGCACUCUUUAAACGAGCAGCUGCGCAGGCACUGUGUGGGCGUUAUCCUGCCACCCUUUCCCCCAAAACGCCUUCUGCCAUUGACCAGCGGUCAGUUGGAAGCGCGUCGCAGUUCGCUGGAACAGUACCUUCAGGCGUUGGGCCAGGACAGUCGCCUCGCCCGAGCCGCCCACCUGCAGCAGUUUCUGCAGCGAGCUCAACUUGACACGGCCCUGGCAGAAGGCCUGGUCAACAGCGAUUGCGAAGUACAGCAGCUGGAGCUCCAGGUCUACACGAAUCCCGCUGCCGAACGCAUCCUGGUUAGCUGUUCCGUGCAACAAAAUGCUAGUGCGCUCUUAAAGAGCAUCUGUCGGGAUAUCCAGCUUCCCGAGGAGUUGGUCCGCUUCUUCUGCCUCUUUCUUGUGCGACGCCAGCGAAAAAACGAUGAAAUUCAUCUGGUCCGCCGCCUCAUGGACUUCGAAUCCCCCUUCAUAACUCGUCUGCAUCUGCAGCCCUGCGAGUUGCUGCUCCGUACCUGCUACUGGGACCCUAGUAGAGAUAUUAAGUUGAUGGGAAAUAAGGUAGCAUUGAAUCUACUGUAUAACCAGACCGUAGCGGAUGUCAACCGCGAGUGGGUGGUCAUCUGUUCGCCACAAGACGGCCACCAGUUGAACAAUUUGCAAAGGCAUGGAAGAGCACGCGAGUACAUGGAGCUGGUGCGUCAGCUGCCUUCUUACGGCUGUCUGCAGUUUGAUGAGGCGCAGGUGGACUAUCCAGAACCGAACACCACGGCGCUGGUCACCAUUGGCAACAAGGAGUUGGGCUUGCGAACAGCGCGUGGAAUCAAGAUCUAUGAGACCAAGUUCCGGGUGACCAGGAUGCGAUCGUGGAGGGUCAGUGUCACCCACAACACGCUGGAGUCACACCUCCAACUGGCGUUCGAGUACUUGAUUGGUAAGCAAACGUUGCGUUGGAUAACUAUCAACAGCGAUCAGGCCAUGCUGAUGUCCGUGUGCCUGCAAGCAAUGGUCGACGAGCUGUUGCAACGAGGCGGAAAAACCAAUUCCAACAGCGACGACGAACACGAGCAGACGGCAUCGUCAUCAACGCCCAGUUCAACCUGCUCCACAUCGUCGUGGGCAUCUGCCUCCUGUUCUACGUCCACGGCGCCUACAACGCCGCCAGUUAGGUUUCUGUCCGAGAAUUCGGCGUCGAGAUCCAAGCAGCAGCCCAGGUUGACCUCGCGCACUUUUGGAGCUGUAUUCUUCCGCAACGACAACGGAGCUCAAGUGUCCAACGAGGCGUUUGAAGGCAUCGGAGAUGAUGAUCUAUGAAUGUGCUAAUGUAAUCCUUGCCGUGAGUUGCCAAAUCGAAUGGCCCUUUCGAGAAAAGGGCCGCCAAACUAGCUUCAAUCCAUCUGCAGGUGCAAAAGCAGCUUAAUACAUUCGACUAAGGUUAAAGAUUUUAUACAUAUGUGCGUAAUUCAAAGAAUUUAUUCUCUCUGCUAUUAGCAAGUGUUACGAAAUGUUUUUAUGGACAAAAGCGCAGAAAUGUGUUGUAUGAAAUGAAUGCUCAAGAUGAAUGGCCCGUUUUACCAUCAUUAUUUAUGUAUGUAUAUCUACAUGUUGAAUUAUUGUAAAUGAUCUGUAAAUGUAUAUUUAACGACACAUUUUAUCUAUUUUAUCAUUUAAUAUAUUGUAAUAUAUGUAUGUAUGUUUGUACGUAAAACUUUAUUUUAGAGGUAGAAAAAAAUAUGUUAUGCAUUUUACAAAAAUAAAUGUACUGAUUACUAUGGGAAAAGAAAUGAGUCCAACUGGAUUACUCCGUAAACAAUUUAAUAUGUACAUUCCCUUAUUGUUAAUUCACUUCCGAAUAAAUGACGAUAAUAUUUUGA